AUGUCGCGUGCUGGGGGCGAGAAGGCCGGUCGUCCCGGUGUGGGCGAGGCUACCCUGGGCGUGUACCAGGGCGUCAUAGAUGAUGUCGUGGCCAACGUGAAGGCCGACUUCGUGCAGGAAGGAGUAGAUGAAGCCGUGCUGGACGAGCUUCGAUCCCUCUGGGAGUCCCACAUAGUAAAACUUGGAGUGCUAGGGAAGGCAAACGAUCCGUCGGGGAAGCAGAGCAAGGAGGGCGUACGAGCAGCAGACGCCCUCACUCUUAGCGAGGACGCCUCGGUCCUGGCUGCCAGACCCACCAAGGACCAGAGCCCAGGGCCUGGUGCUGCCGCGCUCGACCAUGGCGACAGGAAACGGCCGAUCAUCGAGACGGGCGACACGCCCCCCACCAAGCUUGUGAAGACAGAGGCCAUUCAGACCCCUUCCAUCCCUCAAUGGGAUGGAGCCGCGGAGGAGGCAGCCGGCGUCUCCGACCCUAGCUCAUCUGUGCCGGCUGGGGCCGAGGCCGAGGCCGAGGACAACCUUGAUGAUGUGGAGCUAGACGAUGAUGAACUUAACGAGGACGACGACCUCGAAGACGUGGAUGCGGUGGGGAGUGACUCGGAGGAUCAGCUGCUGGGUCAGUUUGACAAGGUGCACCGGUCCAAGGCGCGGUGGAAGGUCAACCUGCGGCACUGCAUCCUGCAGCUGGAUGGUAGGGACUACCUCCUGCACAAGGCUACGGGGGAGUUCAACUUCUAG